AUGCUUAGGUCUGAGGAGCAGUUUAUUCAUGCUGAGAUUUGGGGUCUGGAUAAACAGCUGCAAUAUGUGGUGACUAUCUUUUAUGCGUCUAACCAAGGGGAUAAAAGAGCUAAAUUAUGGAAGGAUAUUGAGCACUUGGGGAGUAACAUUGAUAAGCCUUGGAAUGUGAUAGGAGACUUUAAUAAUGUUGUUUCUAUUCAAGAUAGGAUUGGUGGCAAUAAGGUUAUGGAGAAAGAGUACAAAGAGCUGGGGGAUAUGAUGCAUAAUACAGGGCUCUUUGAAGCGACAACCUUUGGCCCUCAUUUCACAUGGUCAAAUAAGCAUAGAGAAGGGACCAUUUACUCUAGAAUAGACCAUAUGCUUGGAAAUUUUGAGUGGUUCCAAAAAUUCCAUGAGGCUAAGGUGUAUGUUAUGAAUCCUCAUAUUUCUGACCAUGCUCCCAUCAAAGUUGAUUACCAAAAGCACGUAAAGAGGAAGUUGAGGAUGUUUAAAUUCUUGAACAGUGUGGUCCUGGAACCUUCCUUUCUGCAGGUUGUUGCCACCAGCUGGAACCAAAAUGUUAAGGGUCCUGCCAUGUACAAAAUGUGGAGAAAGCUGAGUAUGUUGCAGAGAAAUUUGAAACCUCUGAUCAGGAAGUACUCUGACAUUCAACUCCAGAUCCUGAAGGCUAGGCACGAGUUAGAAUUGGCUCAAGAUAACUUGUCCCAUAAUCUGUUUGAUAAAACCGCGUUGGAUCGAGUUAAGAUUUUCACUGAUCAAGUUAUUCAGUUAAACCAGAUGGAGGAAACUAUCCUUAUGCAAAAAGCUAAAGUGGAUUGGCUUAAGUUGGGAGAUAAUAAUAAUGCAUACUUUCAUGCAUCUAUUAGGGAGAAAAAUAAGCAAAAAGCGAUGUACUCUCUGCAGGCCCUCGAUGGUCGUGAGUUGGAGUCCCAAGAAGAGACUGAGCAAGAGAUUCUAGAUUUAUAUGGCAAGCUGUUUGGUUUGAGGAACCAGACCUCUGCGGGUAUUGAUAUCUUGGCUAUCAGGAGCGGCAAAUCCAUUAGUAGAGAAGAGGGUCUAUCUUUGAUUAGGCUUGUGACUAAUGAUGAUAUUAAAGAGGCUUUACAUAGUAUAGGUAACAAUAAAGCGUUGGGUGUUGAUGGUUUUAAUGCUUUUUCUUCAAAUCUGCUUGGCAAAUUAUUGGCGGUGAUGUUUCUCAAGCAAUUAGAGAAUUCUUUGAAACAGGAUCCCUUUACAAGCCCCUCAAUUGCUCCCUGGUUACCCUCAUCCCUAAAUCCCAAGAAGCUAAAACUAUUAAAGACAUGA